GUCUACCGGGGUGUGCGGGGCAUCCGCUUCACCGCCCGGCACCGCCAGGCCGUCCGCUUCGGCCGCUUCACCUCGGCCUCCCUCCGAAACGAGAGCACCCUGCCCUUCGGCCAGGACACCUUCUUCUCGGUGGAGACCUGCUACGGCGUCCCCAUCAGGGACUUCUCCUUCUUCCCCGAGGAGCAGGAGGUUCUCAUCCCGCCCUUCGAGAGCUUCGAGGUCACCGGCAUCGCCCGCGACGGGGACAGAGCCCUCAUCCAGCUCCGCUCCCAGGCUGCGCUCAGCACCUACAACUGCGAGUUCGUGAUACU